UGGGAGGCUUUAUCUUAUCCCUCGGCCUCAGCACCCUGCUCGACGCCAUGGUUGGCUGCGGAACUUCUACCUCUGGCUCGUCACAUUCGGCUGGCACACUUCCCGUCUGUCCGCCAGCCGCCUCGGCCACUACGUCCUCCGUUGAUGGGGCUCGUGGUGCAUGUGUGUCCUUAACAAUCAACGAGUCGGUUCAUUUCAGGUGUGUGAUGUUUCAAUCUUAGAGAAUUUGGUGAAGUUGCAGACCAUUCUGCUACUUACGUCAAACAUGUACGCUGUUACCGGUGAAUGGGGUCAUCGGGAUUGCACAAAACUCUUCAUGAGAGACAGAGGCGUGAAGAAAGAGGCUGGUCGUAGUUGGAUUGAAGUGAGAAAUACAGUCCAUGCAUUCUUUGUCGGUGAUAGACUCCAUCCUCUUGUAGAUGAGAUUUACAACUACUUGGAUGAACUAACCAAGAAGGUGGCUGCAAUUGGUUAUGUGCCAGAUCAAAGUUGCCUAUGGAACGAGGUGGAGCUUAGGCAGAAGGACCCGACUGCACAAAUUCACAGUGAAAGGUUGGCUGUUGCUUUUGGACUUCUAAGCCUUCCCGAUAUCAUCCCCUUGCAUGUCAUGAAGAAUCUGCGCGUCUGUAAUGAUUGCCAUAACUGGAUUAAAUUUAUCUCAAAGGUGGUUGAUCGGCCUAUCAUUGUACGGGAUGCCUACCGCUUCCAUCAUUUCCAAGAUGGAAGCUGCUCUUGUAAAGAUUAUUGGUAAACUGGCAUACAGAAGCAUGAAGAGAUCUGCAAGCUGUCUUCACACAACGAGAGGGAGCCUAAACCGGUAUCGUUUGAUUUUUACCAUAUCCAAGUAUAGAUUGAUUCGGAAAAUUUAUAGUAUAUGGAUACUCUUUCAUAACUUCGUGCUGAUUGUAAGUAGCCUUGCUACAGGAUAUACCGUGGGAGAAAAGGAACAUUCUCGAAACUGGAAGGCCGGAGGCGUGACACAAGCUACACUGGCUGUGCAAGCAGUAAUGCCUAGCAUGUUUCCUAAGUUUAUCAGCUCUUUUUUUACAGGUUUUUUUUUUUAAAAAUUAUCUUCUACGCUCAGUAAAUAUUUUUAUGACAUAAAAAUUGGGGGUAAUUAGUUGUGUUAGGUGAGUUUCAAAUAAUGUAAUUUAUUGGUUUAUCAUAUAAAUUAACAUUGAAAUUAUAUUUAUUCUUGUACCCAAUACGAAAUUAUAUGUUUAAUUUGAUAGAACAAAGUUCUAAUCUUUAAAAUAAAAUAACUACCAAGAAAGUUUGUACACGUUUUAUGUGACAAUUCCUAAUCAACCCUAAUAAAUUAAGGACUUUAAAUGAUAGACAGAAGACAACCACUUGGUUCAAUGGAUAUGUACAUAAAAUUUGUAUUGGCAGCUAAUUAAUUUUCAUUGCAAAAGCACCUAUAUAGUAUACUCUGUGCAAGUUUGAAAAAUGCAAAAUUAAUGCCAAACUAGAGAACUAACCCCAAAAAUUAGGGCCAAAUUUCUU